UUCCAAACUUUAGACUGUAUUAAUAUUGCUCAAAUACUACUCAGGGAUAUCAGACCUGAUAUGUUUGGCUCAUGGUUAACGUGACCGAAGACAUUGUAUGAAAUCAGUUUCUAUUUUAAUCUCGUUAAUGGCUGUAAAAUAUAACGUAGCCAUGUGUUUAUUGCUCGCUGUGUUUAUUCCCCGUAGUUAAAUUGAUACGUGGGAUUUUCAUUUGACACCCUGAUUAUAAUUUCGAUUAUCUUAAAGCAAAAGAACACAAAAGACAACUAACUUCCCCAGCGGUAAAGCAAUAAGAGGGCAGGACGUGUGGCGGCGACGUCUAAUGAUCACAGUAGGUAGCAUAAUGUCCGGGGCUCAGGGCUGCCCAGCAUGUCAGGUAUUAAGAGAGCGCGUGUGAUUAAAUGUGGGAGGUAGGAGCUGUGAGGCUGGCGGAGAGCGCUGCUGUCGCUGCGAGCUGGAAACUACUGAAUGGGAAUCUAUCCGGCAACUUCAGCAGCAGACCGCUGUCUCACGGCGACACGGGGGAUCUGCGUAAAACCAAGCGGCGCGUCUCCAAGUCUGGCUCAGCCCUACUCACAGACGGAGAGGACGCUCAAGUUGGAUCGGGCGAGCAGCUUUUCACUUGUUACCGGCGCACGGCUCCCACUACCAUGCCUGCGAUCAAAAAGGAGAGGCUGGAUGGCGACGACAUGGCAUUGACUGCGUUCAACCAGUCCGAAUACCUGGCCCCUUUAAAUGCCACCGCCAUCCCCGUGGUGACCCCGCACCCGCCGCCCUACGACCACAUUUUCGCCCAUCACCGCGCGUAUUUGGGGCUCCACGAAUCGGCGCUGCAUCACCAGCACCUCCACCAUCACACAGACGACUUAAUGCUGGAGAGAUUCUCCUCUAUCCCAGACUUUCAGCCCUUCUUCGACAACGGAGAGCCGUGCAUCGAGGUGGAGUGCGGGGAAAACAAGGCUUUGCUUUAUAUCAAUAAACUGUGUCAAGGCAGCAAGGGACCCUCAAUUAAAUACAGGGGCGAGUGGCUCACUCCCAACGAGUUCCAGUUUGUCAGUGGACGAGAGACUGCCAAAGAUUGGAAACGGAGUAUUAGACAUAAAGGAAAAAGUCUGAAGACUCUGAUGUCCAAAGGAAUCUUACAGGUGCACCCACCAAUCUGUGAUUGUCCAGGCUGUCGAAUUUCAUCUCCAGUGAAUCGUGGGCGCUUGGCGGAGAAACGCACUAUCCCCCUGCCCCCCAAUCGGGUUCCCAAGAAGGAGCUGGCCUCCAUCUUCAGCAGUGACGACAGUGAGGGCAGCGAGCGGGCCAGUGGAGAUCAUGCGCACAUCAAACAGGAGGACGAGUUGCAUUACAGUAUCAUGAAAAAGAGUCGUGACAGUGACCUCUCUACAAUCAUCUCGAACCUGCACCACACCAGACAGCACGGCAUGCCUGAGGGCCAGUCAGCCUCUGACCAUAACAACAGUACUGGACACACAGAUGACCUUUUAGGCAAGAGAAGAAGCUUCUCUCCUAACAGUAGCAGCGAGUGUCCCUCCGACAGUAAGAAGUCACGCAGCGUAUCCCCCAAAGAGAACUCCCAAAGCCCAGUAGUGGAGGCAGGUGGCAGCCACGGCCUCAUGAGCCCUGAGGAGCACUAUAGGCGCAUGAUGUCCGCGCUUAGUGAGCAGGGGUCCUAUGAGGAGCAGCAACAACGGCUUUACCAGCUGGCUAGCAGUAUGGGCCUCCCUGGCCAUGACAUGCUGCGUGUUCGCCAGGAAGCGUUGGCUGCAGCAGUUAGGAAUCCAGCGGCCUUAGAAGCUCACUUGCCUUCUGCAGGCAGCUCGUCCUCGUCCAGCCAGAGACGCAAGCAGGGUCUACCACAGCACCGGGACGCGCAUUACACAGACAGAGAUCUGUCCCAUCCUCCACCAUUACUGUCACCUCCAACUGCCCCUCACAUCGCUCUUGGACCCCACCUGCGGCCUCCUUUCCUGGGCAUGCCCUCUGCUCUUUGCCAAGCCCCUGGUUAUGGUUUCCUCCAACCAGCUCAAGCUGAGAUCUUUGCUCGUCAGCAGGAGAUGUUGAGAAAACAGAAUCUUGCAAGGCUUGAGAUGUCAGCAGAGCUGCUGAGACAGAAAGAGUUGGAAAGUCUCCACCAGCGACAGCACCAACACCGUCUCCUGGGCUCUGACCCUCUGGGAACUCUACCUCCUGGCCUAGCCCCAGACCAUCCUGCCCUGCGGAGUCUUCACGACAUCCCAGAAGGACAUCCUCUCCGUGAGGAACUGGCCCGACGCUCAAAUUCAAUGCUGGUGCUUCGCCAUGGUGCUGCUGCGCCCCUCCUUACCCUGAACCACCACCAGCAGCAACAACCAGGAGCCCCGUCCACGCCCAAAGACCCCCAGGCACAGAGCUCAACUGCUGGGCAGGAUGCUGAGUCCAGGAAAGCCCUUCAUAGGGGCUCCAAAUCACAACUCCGUGUUGGCGACCACACAGGAGGAGAAGAGGACAGAGGAAGUGAAAGAGACAGAGAGAUGAAGGAUGAAGAGAUGAAGGACUCAGACAGUGACUCAGAGAUGUACGAGGACAGAGUCAGUGCCACGUCCAGCAGUAAACCCAGGGACGGGGAGAGAGAGGGGGGGAAGGAGACUUGCAGUAAGGGAGUGUGUGACGUUGCCAAAGAGAGUGCAGAGAGCUCAGGGAGGCUGAGCGCCCCCUGUAGCUCAGCAGGCACAGAGUCACCCAGUCAUCACCUGCUCACUGCUGGACUGGGCAAAACUGAUGUGAAGUACCACCUGCCGCCUGCCUUCAUGCCACCGCUGCCUGCUCUGCACGCCCAGUCGCUGCCCUUUGGAUUCCCUUACACUAACCCCUACUUCCACACCGGCUCUAUGGGAGGUCUUUUCAUGGAUGGGGAGGACUCAGCCACAGCAAACCCUGUGGAGGACAUCAGCAAGUGGAGUGUGGAGGACGUGUGUGGCUUCAUAAGCAGCCUGGCUGGAUGUGCUGAAUACACACAGGUGUUUCGGGAGCAGGCCAUCGAUGGAGAGACUUUACCACUGCUCACUGAGGAGCACCUGCUCAACACCAUGGGACUAAAGCUGGGGCCUGCGCUCAAGAUCCGCUCACAGGUGGCGCGGCGUGUUGGCAGGCUUUUCUACAUGACUGGAUUCCCGCUGGCAUUCCCAUUUCCGCCUUCUGCUGUGCUGCGCCCCCCAGAACGAGAUCGGGACCCCCUGACUACGCCAUCUGAUGCCCCUCUAUCCCUCUCUCUGUCCCUGCCCCACAGACCCACCUCCACCAGCAGCAGCUCCUCUCCAUACAGCGGGCCCACCCCAGGGUGCUCCUCCCCGAAGCAGGAAAACGGUAACGGGCCCACAGUGGUGGGAAGGUACGAGGCUAAAACUCCUUCGUAGGAAAGGGCUGACAGGAGCACGGAGGACAGACCUGCCUCAAAUCAGCUGGAAAGACAGACUCCUAGGUUCCAUUUCCAGACUCUGCCCCUCUUUGGGACCUUUACAAUGAACUACUUGGAUAAUAUUGGACUAGAAAAGGACAAAAUAUAGACUGUCAGACAAACCAAUCAGAGUCUGCGAUCCUCUGCUGCUGCAGCCGUGCAGAAUCCAAACAAACUGGGUUGGAAUGGAGACACGUGGGGAACAGAGGAAGAGGAAAAGGAGACAGCUGGUCACAGACAGUCUGCCAAAAAAAGGAGCGAAGCCCUGCCACAAAUGCGACAUUCUUGCAAGUCAGACAGUCAGACGCUAGCGGAAACUCUUCCUUCCUUCCUGAGCUGGAGGAAGCUCUGCUCACUCACUUUCUUUUGCCUCUCCAACUGCUCUCACCACAAGUCCUACAGAACCCAGGAAUUAAAAAGAACCUCUUCUCCCCUCUUUUCUCUCCCUCCUUCCCUCACUUACCAAGGCCAAACAGCCCGGUGAAGCUGUCCUCUUAGAGGCUGGAGUUGAGGCAUGUGCUGAGCACCGGAUCCAACAGGCUCCCUCGUAUCACUGCAACUAUGCAUUCCACUAUCCCGAUACCAAAGAUGACCGGAUGUGUGGAAUUGAACCCGGGUUUCACAACGUGUCAGCUUCUUUUUGCAUUAAUGAACAAAGACUGGUCCUACAGGGAAAUGCUAGGCUAGUGCCUCACUUGAUGGACUGUGUUUGACGUGACACAUAAACCCUCAUUUACUGACUGAAGUGUUGGCUAAACAAUACAGCCUUAAAGGUCACUAUGGUGUGUACGGUUUUGUCAGUGUACGCUCGUUAACUACUGUGGGAGGUAGGAAAUCAUGCAAAAUUGUACAGAAUCAUGCUUAAGAUAAAAUAUCCUGAAGGUUACAUACGUGGUACUUUACCUUUUUGUUUAUUGUAGUUGCACGAAUAAGGUUUUCUUUACUGAAAAAUGUGACUUGCUGAACUUUGGUGGUACUUUUGUUAAUACUUUUUGGUUCUGGCAUUUUUUAAACUGUAAUAUUAACACGCUCCAACCUUGAAUGCUACUUUAGCAUAUAAAUAUGAGGAAAAAAUAUUUAUAGGACUUUUGAUGUAGUAGAUAAAGCAGAUUAUGAUAUGUAUUAUAACGACCCUUAAAAUGGAUUCCAAAGACACUUUUACUUUGUUUUUUUUCUCUUGGUUGCAGGGAAAAGAAAGGCACAAAGCUCUUAAUGCAAUGUUUUGGAUUUUUUUUUUUUUUAAAUACGCAAGCAAUUAAUUAAAAAUGGUCUCUAGAUUUCCCUUCAAAGGUUUUGUCUUCAUCCUAUUUUUCUAUUCACCAAAC